AUUAUCUGACUAGCUCAAGGUCUCUUGCCACCCUUAAUUCCAUGCAGAACCUUUCCACCCGGUCCAGCUCUCUGACCUUCCGGGUCCUUCUCUGUUACCCCUGGUCACUCCAGCCUAAUUGCCACUCCAAUCCAGAUCUUUCCACAAAUCUUUUUUUCUAUAAAAGGAGUUGGUCCUGCCCACCAAAGGGCGAAUUCUUAAAAUCGCCCCACCCAAUCGGUGUUCUAAUAAAACCUUGAAAGAAGGCUUCGAAUUCGUUCGAGGGACGAUCUUCAUCACCUGCCGUUGAAUUUCGGGUCCCAGCACCGCUAGACCUCAACGCUGUUAAUUACUCGUCCAUUUCACAGGAAGCUCUGAAGAUAGAUCUUUGUAGGUCUACUGCCUGAACGCAGUGAUGCGUGUUCAUAGAGUUGUACUGAAUUCCCGACCUGGAACACAUGGUGUCCCAGUGGCAGAGAAUUUCCGUAUGGAAGAGGCUAAUUUACCAGAUAAAUUGAAUAAGGGACAAGUAAAAGUCCGAACUCUUUAUCUCUCUGUGGAUCCUUAUAUGCGUAUUAGAUUGAAUGAAGAGACUGGUGUUGAUGCUAUGAAGCCUUGGCAGCUGUCUGAAGUGGCUGAUGGUGGAGGUGUUGGAGUUAUAGAAGAGAGUCAAUAUGAAAAUUUGGCUAAAGGCGAUUUUGUGACAUAUUUUAAUUGGCCCUGGCAGACUAAGGCUAUUUUAGAGGGAAAUACCCUUGAGAAGGUAGACCCACGAGUUGUAGAUGGACACCUUUCUUACUUUCUUGGUGCUAUUGGUAUGCCAGGAUUGACUUCUUUAAUUGCAAUUAAAGAACAAGGUCACAUAACUGUUGGUUCCAACCAGACAAUGGUUGUCAGUGGAGCUGCAGGUGCUUGUGGAUCAUUGGCUGGCCAGAUUGGGCGUUUGGAAGGCUGUUCCAGAGUGGUGGGAAUCUGUGGAACAGAUGAGAAGUGCUCCUUCUUGGUCUCAGAACUGGGCUUUGAUGCUGCAAUUAAUUAUAAGAAAGGGAAUGUGGCAGAACAACUCCGUAAGGUUUGCCCCUCUGGAGUGGAUGUUUACUUUGACAAUGUUGGUGGUGACAUCACUGAUACUGUUAUACGCCAGAUGAAUCGGAACAGCCAUGUUAUCCUGUGUGGCCAGAUUUCUCAGUACAACAAUGAUAUGCUUCAUCCUCCCCCAUUGCCGCCUGAAGUAGAGUCAAUUCUGAAAAAAAGAAACAUCACAAGGGAAAGAUUUCUGUUGUUUGCUUAUACAGACAAAUUUGAGUCUGGAAUUGCACAACUGAGUCAGUGGUUUAAAGAAGGAAAAUUAAAGGUCAGAGAGACAGUGAUCGAUGGCUUGGAAAACAUGGGAGUUGCCUUCCAGUCUAUGAUGACAGGUGGCAAUAUUGGGAAGCAAAUCGUUCGUGUUUCUGAAUAAAUAUCUCGGUCCUUUCAUUGGAUUACACAUGACCAAGAACAUCUAGCAGAUUUCUUUUCAACUUUAACAAGAGAGAUUUCAAAAAUCUGUUAAUAGAUUUAUAAGAUUAAUUAACCUAAACUUUUAUUUUGUCUCAUUAUAAUUCAUAAUCUGCAGCAUUGGUGAUAGCUUUUUAGAAGCUUUAAUGAUACUUAUUUCUUCCAACUUAAUAUACCUUAUAUGUAACUAAUUAUAGUGUAACAAAAGAUCACCAUGAUCCAUUUUUCAUUUUCUUUCAGGAGUUAGCAUUAUAUAUCAUGUUUGUAUUAAGUAUUUUGAAUCCACAGAAAAUUUUAGUACUAUUUUUUAAUAUUCAGAAUAAAAUAAUAGUUGAGAAAUUACUUUGUAUUAGAACCUUUUGGACAUCCUUCUCAGGCAAUUUUUUAUUCAGCUCUAAUUAUUGACUUUUGCAUCUGUUGGGAACAAAGUUCUUGCUACCUUAUAACAUUAUCAUUUAGACUUCCUGAAAACGUCUACCUUGACUGUAUUUAGACUGUUCAUCUGUGUUUUGUCUUAAAGAAAAUAAACAGCCUCAAGUCUUUUAAGUCCUUUAAGAACUGUAUGAAGGUCUGAUAGGAGAAUAAAUAAAGAUACUUUCCUUUUGAGCCUGA